AUGGCAGACGAUGACCUAGACGAUUUCUUUGCGGAGGUAUCCGAUGCCGAAGCCAAGGUGACGGAAGAAACACCUGGAAUCGACGAAUCAACAGAGCAAAAGCAGGGGGAUGAAGAGACCACUACCAAGGAAUCGUCAGAGCCACCAACGAAGAAACAAAAAACCAGCGCUCCUGUACGUCCCAGAGGAGUCGUUGUCGCGGCAUCCACAUCGGUAGUUAUACCCGCCAAAAAACGAGAAGAGCUGGUCGCUGAAAUGGAGUCAGCUGCUGCCCGACAGCAACAGAAUGAAGCAACGUCUCAUGCUACUCUUACCGUGGCGGCUGGUCCCAUUCGAGGUCCUACUCCUGCAGCAGCAUCCAUUGGCCCAGCGUUUCCUGCUGGGCCCAGCAAUGUCAACACCAAUAGCAAUGCUUCGUCGAAUGCCAAUGAAACCAAGGUAAAGGCGUCUGUUCGAAUGGCAGCGGGACAGGCAUGGGUCGACAAAAGUCUCGAUGAAUGGCCUCAAAAUGAUUUUAGAAUUUUUGUGGGCAAUCUCAGCAAUGAGGUGGACGAUCAAGGUCUCUUUCAGCACUUUUCCAAAUACCCCAGCCUUGCCAAAGCAAAGGUUGUGAGACACAACAAUAAUCCUGAGAAAAGCAAGGGAUAUGGCUUUGUGAGUUUGUUGGAUCCAUUGGAAUGUGCUCGUGCCAUUCGGGAAAUGGAUCAAACUUGGCUGUGUUCACGGCCUAUUCGGGUCAAACGCAGUGAUUGGAAAGAGAGAGAUUUCAAGGUGGUCAAAAAGAGGGAGAAGAAAGAAAAGAAACAACAAAAACGAAAGGGUAAUAGCAUCAUAUAG